GUAGUCGGGAAUCUGCUUUUGUACAUGCCAUCUCCUCCGCUGGGGUUGUUUUUGCCAUCACCAGGGCAUGUAGCCAAGGGGAGCUGAAAUCCUGCUCCUGCGAUCCCAAGAAGAAAGGCUCUGCCAAGGACAGCAAGGGCCAUUUUGACUGGGGUGGCUGCAGCGAUAACAUCGACUAUGGUGUUAAAUUUGCCAGAGCCUUCGUGGAUGCCAAAGAGCGGAAAGGAAAAGAUGCGAGGGCGCUGAUGAACCUUCACAACAACAGAGCUGGAAGGAAGGCCGUGAAGCGGUUUUUGAAACAGGAGUGCAAAUGUCACGGUGUGAGUGGAUCAUGCACUCUAAGGACCUGUUGGCUGGCCAUGGCAGACUUUAGGAAAACAGGAGAUUAUCUAUGGAAGAAAUACAAUGGAGCGAUUCAGGUGGUCAUGAAUCAAGAUGGCACGGGUUUCACUGUGGCUAAUAAGAGAUUUAAGAAGCCAACUAAGAAUGACCUGGUAUACUUUGAAAGCUCUCCAGACUACUGUAUCAGGGACAGGGAUGUAG